AUGGCCCGGACUUCCAUCGCAUUUUCUUACGAGAAGCCUCGUGGCGCUGCUGCUCAACUCACCGAUCCAUCGAGUCGAAGUGAAAUUCCGCCAUUCUUUGGAUGAGUUUCGGGAGGCUCUUAAGGAAUGGGAUGUGCCUGAUUUCUCUGCAGAGUCUGUAAGAGAGCUGUUCAUCAUCGAUGUCUGGUCCGAUCCCGAGGAACUCGUCCACGUCGGAACGCUAUUUCCAAACCUCACAUCCCUUGAACUUGAUUACGCAUCCGACUGGAUCCCCUUAAAUAACGAUGCAAUCGCCGGCUUGUCCGAGGGUCUCCUCAGCCUAUCGGGAACUCUAGAGCGGUUAUCUCUCACCUGUUAUUCACUUCAGAGACCCAAUCCAGAAAACGCGGAACCAAUAUUGCCCCAUCUAGGAGACAUGAGAGCUCUGAAACAUCUGACCACGACUUUUUUCUGGCUUUUUGGGACGGAGGAUAUAGUCAAGGAGCUGGAACGACUCGAUAUCCUUCCCCCGACGCUCAUAUCUCUUCGCCUGCUCGAUCUCAAUUGUCAUGA